AUGGACAUCGAUGCCGCAGGACUUCAUGGAAAGCUUCAAUUGAAUGAGCUUGAGGAAGUUAGGAAUGAAGCUUACGAGAAUGCUCGCAUUUACAAGGAGAAAACGAAGGCAUUCCAUGACAAGAUGAUUCGUAGCAAGACGUUCUCUAUCGGGCAGAAAGUGUUACUUUUCAAUUCUCGCCUUCGGUUGUUUCCAAGUAAGUUGCGUUCUAAGUGGAUUGGUCCAUUUAUUGUUACUAAUGUUUUUCCGUAUGGUGCAAUUCAAAUUCAAAGUUUGAAGACGCAACAAGAAUUCAAAGUCAAUGGACAUCGUUUGAAGCCAUAUUUCACAACUUUUGAGGAGAAGGCCGUGGAGGAAGUCUCCCUCCAUGCUGUGGGCACUAUUCAAGCUUGA